AUGGGGGAAUCCGGCCUCUAUGCCUUCCUAAACCAGCCAUCUUCGUCCGAAACCGCCACUGGAAAACCACUGUCCCGCACCUUCCCCUGCUUCUACUGUUCAAGGAGGUUCUACAGUUCCCAAGCUCUUGGCGGACACCAAAACGCCCAUAAGAAGGAGCGAGCCGCUGCUCGCAGGAGCUACCUAACCGAACAGUCUGCUCAGUUCCGCGUGGACCCGCACGAUCCUAGGCUCAUCCCUCACUGGCUCGAACCUCGCCGCUCCAACGAUGUCUCUUCUCUUGCUGCGGUGGGGCCCUCUUCUCUUGCUGCGGUGGGGCCAUCCAACGACGCCUCUUCUCUUGCUGCGGUGGGGCCCUUCAACGAUGCCUCUUCUCUUGCUGCGGUGGGCCCCACCUCCGUUCCCGAACUCGACCUCUCGCUACAUCUGUAG